AGAACAAAGUCAAAGGACUUGUAAACAAUGUAGGUUUUUUUGUUUUCUUUCAAACAAGCAUAGCAGAAGGUUUGCACGCCGUGGCACGAUUUGCUCUCUGCAACGUAUGUGUAGUCUGUAGGAAGUUUGCCAAGUAAUUAGUUCCAUGGACCAUGAUCGGACUCGGAGUGAGAAACGUCUUACAAUCAAAUUUUGUUUUGCAGAAAUCACAUUCAAUUUCACCAACACCUCAAUGCACAGACAGGUUGAUCUACUACAACUAGGUAGUGCAGUGUCAGUCGUGAAUUAUCUCUGCAAGUGAAUACGUAUGGAAUCGUAGGAGGACGUUCGGCCAAUUGGUGGCAGUCGGCUCUAUGCCAGGGUUUAUAUGAUGGAUGAUCUUCUACGAGAUUACACUCCGUUCUCGUACUACCAGAAAAGAGUAACGUUGGCGGUGUGUGUGGCAUCUGCUCUAGCAGCACCUCAAGCAGCUAUACUUGUGUUCAUUGGAUCUGUACCUGAAUGGCAUUGCGCUGGCUCAGCAGCCAGUAGUAGCAAUGCAGUAGCAGCUGCUCAGGGUCUAGGCAAUCAUUCUGCUCAUUGGCAGCAUAAUAAUAUUCCGGGCGUCAGUGACUCUUCGCCAACUCAAUGCCAACAAUUGGCAAGUGGAUCCUGCUCUCCGGUAUACAAACAUCGACUGGCCAGUGCGAGUAGUGAGUUUGGUCUAAUAUGCAGCCAUGCGACCGACUCAAGUUAUGCACAAUCGCUGUAUUUUGUGGGAAUGUUGCUGGGUAGCUGGCUGGCUGGUUGGAGUUCAGACGCUUACGGCCGACGAGCUGCCAUCUUGGUUGCCAUGGUGUUCUUCUCUCUUGGCUCACUGUGGACCAUGUUGUCGGGAUCAUUUGGUUCGUUUGCCAUAUCCAGACUAGUUACAGGUAUCGGUGUAAUGGGUCUUUGUGUGACCAGCAACGUGUUAGUCAGUGAAUCCGUGGCCCCGGAGCAUAGAGCACUGACUACAACAUCGUGCAACCUCUUCUCUAGCAUUGGCUUAGCCGGCCUCUCUCUAUUAGCAAGCUAUAACUCAGCAAGCUGGAGAAGGCUGAUGGGCAUACUGACUGUGCUGGCAUUCUCCGCUAGUCUGGUUGUAUACAUUUGGGUGAGUGAAUCUCCAUUUUGGUUGCUGGCUAGCAAGAGACACGACCAGCUGUCGGUGAUGUUGCAACGCUGGGCAUCAAGAUCUGGUAAAUCUAUCCCAGACCGACUGUUGGAAAACUUGAGUUCUUCCGAAGAGAAACUGGUUGGAAGUGAUGAUGAAAUCCACCAAUCACCAUCUCACCACUCAACCGUACAUCUUAGUUCAUUGCUAGUCUUACCGGCAUUUCGAUGGCACACACUAUCAGUACUCUGGUCAUGGUUCGCAGUGUGUAUGAUGUACUUUGGUCUGACGUUACACGUUGAAGGUGUUGGCAGUAACAAAUACAUUAGUUUCUUCUUCGUGGCUAUAGUUGAACUUCCAGCUUUGCUUAUUGCCAUUGUUGUGCUAAAGUACAUCGGUCGGAGAACCUUCAUCUUCUGGACAAUGGUGAUGACUACAGUCUUCUGCACUCUAUCCUCGUUCAUUGCUAAAUGGUCUACACAAGUCAACGGUAAUGACAGUACACACAUGAAAGAGACGAUAGCUAACUGGCAGCUUGCAGUGUCAAUCUGUGGGAAAUUCUCAUCAUCGGCUGUCUUCUCAAUUCUCUACACAUAUUUACCAGAAUUACUGCCCACGCCGGUUAGGACAAGCGGCCUUGGUGUGUGCGUGGUUGUGUCCCGAUUGGGUGCUAUCAUAUCACCAUUCGUCUUGGCUUGGGGUCACAGGCACCCCAUGGCUCCGUACCUGUUGUUCUCAGUUUGUGGUGCAAUAGCGUGUGCUGGAAUAUACCGAUUACCGGAAACCAAGGACAGGGAUUUACCAGAGACGUUACAGGACUUGCACCAACUGGUGACUAAAGGCUGAGCGACCGCUGACAGACAUCUACUUCUACCGUGACUGUAUACACAAAGUGACAUGCAGCACUGCACUACUCACAUGUACUACAUGUAAAACAUCUCCAUCCUUGCCUCCUUUACUGAAGGCAGUGAAGCCGGAGGCCACACACACAGAGAAAUUGAGAAAUUAUAUUACCACUGAUACGGUGUCUUGAACAUUGCUAGGACUCACUGAUCUAUGGUUUAAUUUUAAAAGUAUUAAUUUUAUGUGUGUUUUUUUUUUGUUGCUAUGGCGAUCUGCAGGGUCAUAGCCACCCCAUGGCACCCUACCUGUUGUUGUUACUGAGUGGAGUUCAUGUUUCACAUGCAUAACAGUCAUACAUGCAUGGCUAUUGAAUGGUCGGCUCUGGUGCGCAUGUGCUGGACGGCAAUCUAUUUUAAAAUAUUACAAUGGAUGAUCACCUAGUGCAACAACCAUGACUAUGAGUUUUAAGAACUCUACUCUAUAGCGCUUUCUUAGACUAGGUGCUAAUUUUGUCACUGCUCUGACCGCCAAACUGCUGGAUAUAAGGACUUGCUUUCUGCGGGUUUAAUCACCACUGUAUUCGACUUGAAAAGUAAUAAUAAUCGGAUACGAAAGACCUAGUCGAAA